CUAAGAAUGAGAGAGAGGGAGAAGGAAAAUAAACAAAUGAGAAUUCAAUUGGGGUUUAAAGUUUUUGUUUUGUUUGGUUGUAAUUAAUUAAGUCGAUAAUCCAUCCUUGUGGGUUUUUGGUGUUGGUGAGCUGUGUCUGUGUGUGUCCACUGCUACAAUUCCCAUGGCUUAACCACUUCCUUCCCCUUUCUCACAUGGCUCCAUAAUAAAUCUCACUUCCAUUACCAUCUCUCUCCCCUCCCUUUCCUCUCUGUUUCCCUCUGUCUAGAGAUGUUGGAUCAUCAGCUUGAGAAAUCAUCAUGACCUCCUCCUCCCAACAAACACUUCUUCCCCUUCAAUUCCUUCUGCUCCUUUUGGUUCGCUUCUCUUCCGCCAUUAACACCGAUGGAAUCCUUCUGAUGUCCUUCAAGUUCUCGAUCCUCAGCGAUCCACUCAAUGUGCUCCAGGGCUGGAACUACGACGACCCAACUCCUUGCUACUGGAAGGGCGUCCUUUGCUCCUCUCCUGCGGGGAUCGACGGCUCUUUAGCUCGAGUCGUAGCUCUGUCGCUUCCCAACUCGCAGCUCCUCGGCUCAAUCCCUGCCGACCUCGGCGCCAUUCAGCACCUCCAAAGUCUGGACCUUUCCAACAAUUCGCUCAAUGGGUCGCUCCCCAUCUCCAUCUUCAACGCUACCCAUCUCCGGAUUCUCGAUCUGUCGAACAACUUGCUUGCGGGUCGAAUCCCGGAAAGCGUCGGCCAGUUGCAGAGCCUCGUGAUGCUUAAUUUGUCUGACAAUGCCAUGACAGGGGGUUUGCCGGUUGGUCUUGCUACGCUGCAGAAUCUGACGGAGCUGUCUCUCAGGAACAAUUACUUCUCCGGCGAGCUUCCGGGUGGGUUUAAUCGGGUCGAAGUGUUGGAACUGUCUUCCAAUCUCGUCAAUGGAUCUCUGCCUCCUGAUUUUGGGGGAAACAGCCUCCGUUACUUGAACGUCUCUUACAACCGGCUUUCGGGGAAGAUCCCGGCCGAAUUCGCGGCGAAAAUCCAGGGUAACGCCACCGUCGACCUCUCUUUCAACAAUUUGACCGGAGAGGUGCCCUACUCAAGUGGGUUUCUCAACCAGAAAUCCGACUUCUUCGCCGGGAACACUGAUCUCUGCGGCGGCCCGACCACGAAGCCCUGCCCCAUUCCUUCUUCUCGUGUCAAUUCCUCUGCCCCGACGACUUCCCCUCCUGCAAUCGCCGUGCUUCCCAGGACAAUCGCCUCCAGCCCCGCCGACUCCGCGCCGGGGAAAGACAAAUCUCGCCGGCAAGAACAGAGCAGCAGGCUAAAAACAGGGACGAUCAUCGGAAUCGUGCUCGGCGACGUCGCCGGGGUCGUGAUUCUGUUCGUGGUGUUCUUCUACGUCUAUUACUUCAUCAAGAGAAGAAAGAAGAAGGAAGCCCUCGGAACUGGUAACCCAAACGACGCCGGAUUCGCCAAGGACGACUCCACCUCGUCGUCUUCCUCUUCCGAAUCCAGAGGCUUCGCCACGUGGUCCUGCCUCCGCAAGAAGAGCGAAAACGACGACGACGACUCCGACACGUCGACAUCCGAUAACGACGAGCUAGAAUCCAAAUCCGCCGCGGGCGGCGGCGCCGAGGUCCAUCCCGAUCAGAGCAGCAGCAACAGCAACGCCGGUAAAGGAGGGACGCUGGUGACCGUCGACGGCGGCGAGAAAGAUCUCGAGCUCGAAACCCUCCUCCGAGCCUCCGCCUACAUCCUCGGCGCCACCGGGUCGAGCAUCGUGUACAAGGCGGUGCUUGAGGACGGAACUUCCCUCGCCGUCCGACGAAUCGGGGAAAGCCAGGUCGACCGGUUUAGGGAUUUCGAGAACCAGGUUCGGGUCAUAUCCAAAUUGAUCCACCCGAACCUGGUCCGGAUCCGCGGGUUCUAUUGGGGACCCGACGAGAAGCUCAUCAUCUAUGAUUUCGUCCCCAACGGCAGCCUCGCCAACGCCCGUUACCGGAAAGCCGGGGGAUCGUCGCCGUGUCAUUUGCCGUGGGAGGCCCGGCUCAAAAUCGCCCGUGGAGUGGCCCGUGGGCUUUCCUUCCUGCACGAGAAGAAACACGUCCACGGAAACUUGAAGCCCAAGAACAUCCUCCUGGGCUCGGACAUGGAGCCCAAAGUUGGAGACUUCGGGCUGGAGAAGCUCAUCAUCGGCGACACGAGCUACAAGGGCAGCGGAUCGGCUCGGAACUUCGGGAGCAAGAGGUCCACGGCGUCGCGGGAGAGCUUCAUGGACUUCGCGUCGACCGGGCCCAGCCCGAGCCCUAGCCCGAGCUCGAUCGGAGGGCUUUCGCCGUACCAUGCACCCGAAUCGCUUCGAAGCCUGAAGCCCAACCCGAAGUGGGAUGUGUAUGCGUUCGGGGUCAUAUUGCUCGAGCUGUUGACGGGGAAGGUCAUAACGGUGGACGAGACGGGGCAAGGGAGUAAUGGGCUUGCGGUUGAGGACCAGACCAGGGCGUUGCGGAUGGCUGACGUGGCGAUCCGAGGUGACGUGGAGGGCAAAGAAGAGGCCUUGCUGGCGUGCUUCAAGUUAGGUUAUAGUUGUGCAUCUCCACUUCCACACAAAAGGCCAGCCAUGAAAGAAGCUUUGCAGGUUCUUGAGAAAAUCCCUACCCCGCCUUCUGCUUCUUCAAUGUUUCUUUAUGGUCAGUGAUGGAAAAAAGGAUCAUGAAUUUGAUUUGUAGAGAGUAUGUAUGUUAUGUAGCAAUAUUGACCUGUUUUUGUCGCAGAAAAAGAGUGGCCUCUUUUCGUUGUAAUCUUUUUUCCCCUUGUUCUUAUUGCAGAGAGUUGUAAUUGUCUAACUGGGUUGGUAGAUCUUUAAGUUGCACACUAAUCUUAUUAUAGCAUCU